AUGUCCACUCAGCCCCUCCUCCAGCGCACCGCGAAGAAGCGCAUCGCCCUCCCCGUGCGCGUCGAGCCCAAGGUCUUCUUCGCCAACGAGCGUACCUUCCUCUCAUGGCUCCACUUUGCCGUUGUCCUCGGCGGUCUGGCUGUGGGCCUUCUCAAUUUCGGUACUGACAAGGUCGGGCACAUCGCUGCCGCCAUGUACACUGUGAUCGCUGUCGGUGUCAUGAUCUACGCAUUGGUCGUGUACCAGCGUCGUGCACGCGCAAUCCGCACGCGUUCAGGAGCACCGUACGACGAUCGCCUUGGUCCUACCAUUCUCUGCGUCUGCCUGCUCGCCGCGAUCACAACCAAUUUCAUUCUCCGCGCCAUUUAUGGUAACUAG